AAGGAAGAGAUGGCAGGAGAAUCGUACGAGGAAGCCAUAGCAAGUCUGAGCAAGCUUCUCAGUGAGAAAGCUGACCUCGGUGGCGUCGCCGCCGCGAAGAUCAAGGAGCUGACGGCGGAGCUUGAUGCCGCCAGUUCGAAGCCGGUUAACCCGGAGGAGAGGAUCAAAACCGGGUUCAUCCACUUCAAGACUGAGAAAUUUGAGAAAAAUCCUGAUCUAUAUGGCGAACUUGCCAAAGGCCAGAGCCCAAAGUUUAUGGUAUUUGCAUGCUCAGACUCGAGAGUUUGCCCAUCCCAUGUUCUGGAUUUCCAACCGGGUGAAGCCUUCAUGGUCCGAAACAUCGCCAACAUGGUUCCACCAUAUGAAAAGACGAAGUAUUCAGGAACAGGGGCAGCCAUUGAAUAUGCAGUGUUGCAUUUAAAGGUGGAGAAUAUUGUAGUCAUUGGCCACAGUUGCUGUGGAGGUAUAAAGGGACUCAUGUCUAUCCCAGAUGAUGGGACAACUGCAAGUGAAUUCAUAGAGCAAUGGGUCCAAAUAUGUACCCCAGCAAAGUCCAAGGUUAAAGCAGAAACAGGUGACUUAAGUUUCACAGAGCAGUGUACUAACUGUGAGAAGGAAGCUGUGAAUGUAUCACUUGGAAACCUAUUAACAUAUCCAUUUGUUAGAGAGGGGGUUGUGAAGAAAACUCUCGCUCUCAAAGGAGCACAUUACGAUUUCGUUAAAGGCACUUUUGAGCUGUGGGAUUUGAACUUCAAGCUUUUCCCCACUUUAUCCGUUUAAGAUAUCUCCGCCACCAUCGUACAUGAUGUACACUUUGAAUUUCAAUAUUUUUACGGCAUUGGAUAGUAUAAUUAUCUUUGUUUCAUGCUUUAUUUAAAAAGGAUCGUGGACACCACACCACAUUUUAAAUAAACAUGGAUAGAACAAUAGUUUUACAUUUUGUUACUCAGAAUUAUGGGACUACUUUUUGUCUAUGGUACAAAUUACACAAAAGACUGACAUAUUCCUCUUGUCUAUACUUUUAAGAGUACCAUUCUCAUUUCUUUAUGUAUACUGUGAUUUUAUUUAUAUCAAUGAAUUGAUGCUCA